AUGUACAGUGCAAAAGUGGCCAAAUCAGAUGAUGUUUUGAAGAAAAAGGCUCUUAGUGCGGUGUACGGUUGUGGACUGUCUGCCUCUGGAGCGUUGGCUAUCCCACAGUUGGUGGUGAAUGAUAAAGUCGUCACUGCAAGGGAAGCCUAUAAACCACGGCGGAUAAGCCAUCUGAACGCCCGUGGAAUCAAACACAUAGCGGCAGGAUUUGGAUUUUCACUGUUUGCCUCCAAAGACAAGUUGUUUGGUUCUGGACUUAAUAACAGGUUUCAGAUUACAAGUCACGUUCAAGAAAGUGCAAGUAAGCUCCAGGAUUACUAUAUUAGUGCGAAACGUAUACAGCUUCCCACUCAGGCCACUAUUUUGUCGGUAUCUUCUGGUCGGGCGCAUUCUUUAGUUGCCACUACUUCCGGUGUUUUUGCGUUCGGCGAUAACAUAUACGGGCAAUGCGGGCAAAAUCCAGAAAAGUAUCGAGAAGUUCAUGGGCUUGGAGACCUGAAGCUGCCUUUGGUUGAAAUUACGAGCGAUUCUCCCGCAGUGGCCGUCCAUUGUUCUCUGGACUCUUCUUUUGUCCUUACGCAGCAAGGCGAAGUGUUCUCCUUCGGUUUAAAUGAGGAUGGGCAAUGUGCAAAUGGUUCAUACGACUUUCAGUGGAAGCCGACUAAAAUUACGGGAGACGUUGCGAAUGAGAAAGUUGUUUCCAUCUCAGGAAGUUCAGAUACCAUAUUGGCUCGCUCAGAAAAAGGCGAGAUCUUCAUCUGGGGGCAGUGUGAAUAUGGGCAGGCCGGGUUAGGUAUUCACGAUGUUCAGCUGAAUUGUUCUCGACACAUUCCAUUUCCUGCUGGAAAAAUUUUAUCCGCUGCAUCAACAGACACUUCGUGCUUGGUUAGCACGGAAUGCGGAGAAGCCUAUGUGUGGGGAGUUGGUUUACUUGGCCUUGGCCCAACUAUGCAAAAACUUGAUCGACCGGUGCUGAUGGAUCCUCCACUUUUCGGGAAUGAGAAGGUAAUGAAGGUUUAUGCUGGUAAUACGUCUUUCGCUGCUCUCAAUUCGAGGGGACGGUUGUUCAUUUGGGGGCAAAAUAGGUACGGGUUGCUUGGAUUGGAGCAUGGGAAGGAUCAAUACUUUCCGUUCGAGAUCUUCUUUCCGAAUGAUGUGAAACACGCUUCUCUUGGUCCUGAUCACUCGCUAUUUUUAAUGAAGUAG